AUGCAUGUGGGAUACCUUUUGGAUAAAGAAGGCAGCAUGUAUCACCAAGGACCUGUAAGACGAUCGGGCAUCAACAUCCCACCACAGAACUUUGUUCCCACGCCACAAUAUUCCGACUUUACUGGAUACCAUCAUGUGCCAAACAUGGAUACGCACGCACAGUCUUCGGGGGCUUGGGGAGCUCCUUAUGGCGCACCGAGAGAGGACUGGGGCGCCUAUAGUCUGGGUCCUCCUAACACUAUUCCUACGCCCAUGAACAACUCAUCGCCGGGACAAGUUUCCUAUUGCUCACCUGAAUACAAUCCCAUGCACCCGCCAGGGUCAGCAGUAUUGCAACCACCUCCAGAUAAUAUUUCUGUUGCUCAACUUUCCCCGGAGAGAGAAAGGCGCAAUUCUUCUUACCAGUGGAUGAACAAAACGGUACAAUCAUCUUCCACGGGCAAAACAAGAACGAAGGAGAAAUACAGAGUGGUUUACACCGACCACCAGAGACUGGAGCUGGAGAAGGAGUUCCAUUUUAAUCGUUACAUCACGAUCAGAAGAAAGUCGGAACUUGCGGGGAACCUUGGCCUUUCAGAACGACAGGUGAAGAUCUGGUUUCAAAAUCGCCGAGCCAAGGAAAGGAAAUUAAUCAAAAAGAAAAUGGGAUCUGAUGGCAGCGGAGGAUCAGUGCACAGUGACCCGGGAUCAGUGAGCCCUCUGCCGGUACCAGGCUCACUCAGUCCGUCGGAUAUUCACGGCUCUCUCUACCCACCCCCCGGAAUGAACACCUUGGCAUCUAUUAGGAACAUACAGCAAGUUACUGUCACUCAGUAGA